AUGAGAGGCACUCUGGCCUCUCUCCUCUGCUUUGGCUCUCUGCUCGGGAAAUGGCUGACCUGGGCUGUAGCGGCGGUCUUUGCCACAAGCUGGAGGAACCAGUCGGCAAAAGGUUGGUAUUUUCAGCAGGAUCAGAGGAGUUUUAAGGCCCUACUCAGGACUGGGAAGGCUGGCCUCCCUAGAGCUGUAAAGCUACCUUCGUCGAAAGAGAUUGAGCGAGAGGUGGAAUGGCGAACAGAUCAGCGCCAUCACCAAAACAAACGCUUGCGUCCGUCUGUUGAAGUUGGAAACCUUGAGGAACAACCUCUUAAGCGGCUGCGACAUAUACCCAAGAACCAAUGGAGGUUCUGGCUCCCCCACUCGUCGGAGAUGGAAGGGGACGAACCAUUUCGAGCCCCGUUCGCGGGAGGUAACUCGUCAGAAAUAACAAAUAGCUGUGAACAACUGGUACCGGAUGCAGGCCUUAAUCGGCUACUGGCAGUCGGGGAGGGGAUUUUCCCCAUGGAAUCAAACUGGGAAGGUUAUCAAUUUGGUCAAUCUGAUCAUAAUCCCUCGGGAGGAGAUAUGCCCUGUGUGCGACUGGAGGAGGAAGGGGAGGUUGUCCAAAAAGAGCCAUCGAAACCCAGCUCCGCCGCAGAGAAGAGAAGCGAUGUGGUGGUGGCCGCCGAGCAAUGGUGCCAGCUGGUGUGGCGGCGUAAUGAUAGGGCGGUUAGGAUAGAAUCGAAUCCACAGCCCCCUCUUCUGUUGAGCGGGAUCCUCGGGAAGAAUAUCCGGGCAAAAAUUCAAAGAAAUCCCACGCGGCAAAGGUCUCCGAGUUCCAGUGGAAUUCGAAUUCAAAACAGCCCCUGGGAAGCCCGUCUUCGCCCGGGAAACUCAGGAUUUUCAGCCUAUAAAACCCAUUGGUUGAGUUCUACUCGGCCAUAA